AUGAAUUUGGAUUCGCUAUCCAUAGCGCUAGCACAAAUAUCCUAUACUGUGCAAACGUUAUCAAAGAAAAAUUUCAAAGCAGCUGUGUCUGAAAUAACUACACUUAUAUCAACUCAUGGCUUCGAAGCUGAACGGCAUCUAUAUCGUACAUUAAUUACAAAUAUCGAUUUUACACUCGAUAGUAAUAAUCCCAAAAAUCGCGAUAGUAUCCAUGUCCAAUAUUUAGUACAAGAAGUUCCGUCCUUAAUAUCGAGACCAAAUUUUGUUACAUUGUUAUGGAAAGUAACGUCAAGUUUUUUCUCAACUAUAUGCAAAUUGCUCAAAUUAAGUCCAAUACAAGAAAUAUUAUUUGCACUAGCCCUAGAACAUUCAACAAAUCAAGAUUUAGCUAGUGUAUCAACCGAGUAUAUACGACAAAAAUUGCCAGAACUGUUACGUAUUACACUUGAAUUUGAUAAUGCCGCAACCGAAACUGGUUUAAACGAUUUACCCGUUGAACUUCUUCACUCUCUUCUUGUUCAUAUCAAACAAUUGGCUGAACCAUCGACACAGUCAUCGUCCACAUCGUCGACUACAGAUGUUGUAGCAACAUCAAAAACAAUAGAUCCUCUAAUUAAACCUGAACAUUAUGAACAAUUAGUUACACUAUUAAGAAAAGAAUAUCCAAAAGAACGAUUAUCUCUUGGUCAUGUUAUUUUAUCACCAUUACUUUAUCCCACAUCAUUUAAUUCAACACCAAAUCAAUUAUUGUCAGAUUCAAGUAGUUUAUCAACAGCUGUGUGGCAAAUGGAUGCAUCGCUCGCUGAUGUUGUAAUCGAAAUGGGUUAUAGUUUCACUAGCAGCAUCGAAGAAUGUCGAAAUGCUCUCGUGCAAUUUGGUGUUCAAGAAAUUAAACCACUGAAUAUAGCUAGAAUACUCGGUGCUAUGGCUAAAACGCAUAAUGGUUUAAUCGAAAAUACAGUUAUUUAUAAUUUAAACAGUCAAGAAUCGAAUAACAGUGAAAAACCGACAAAUCAAUCACAAACAUGGAAUGUUGAAAUAUUUGUUCAUGCUGUGAAUGAUUUGGCACCAAAUAUGAAUUGGAAAGAUGUUUUAAAAGAAAUGGACUAUAAUGGCUUCAUCAUAAAAGAUCGUCAGUCACUGGUAUUGAUUGUGAAUGCUUUUAAACGUGCUUUACCAGAUGGAAUCCCAAUUGAUUUGCUUUAUACACGAUGGCAUAAUGCUGAAGGCCAAUUAUCUUGGUUUGCUCAAGCCAUACGCAAUCCGGAUAUAUUUUGUUUUGGUGAUUAUCCCGCUCAUCCUGUGAACAUCGAUUGUUUAAAACAUCCACCAGAUGAUAGUAAAGAAACAUGGACUUGGCGUUCAUUAAAUUUGUUGGAAUGUUUGUUACGAAUAUCAGAGUCGGGAUUAUAUCAACCAACAUUAGAACUAUUUAAAAUUGCUCUACAACGUUGCGCAGAAGUUCUUUUACUUGGCUUACUGCAACUACCUAAUAUUUGGGAUUCGUUAAAACAGGAACUGUUACAAAUUUUAAUACCGUCAUUUCUUCCAAAUAGUCCAAAUUCAAAUGCUAUACUGAACUACAUAUGGAAUUCUCAACAUCAUACAACAGCUUUACGUACAACACUUUUAACAUCGAUGGCUGAUUGGUAUAAUCGUUCAAGCGAAAGUGAUCAACAACAACGUUUAAGUCGUGUAUUAGAAGUUGUGCAAGAUUUAAAAACAUUACCAACAUUAUUAAAUGCACAACCUAUGCCAUUUAUUAUCGACCUAGCCUGUUUAGCAUCCAGACGUGGCUAUUUAAAAUUAGAUAAAUGGUUAUCAGAUAAACUACGUGAUCAUCAAGAAAUGUUUGUUCAAAAUACCAUACAAUUUUUACGUAAAAAAGUUCCACAAUUAUCAGCAACAAAUCUCAAAGAGACGAAUAAUGGUGAAAUAACAAAUGGAAUACCGAUAUUUAAACCAUUGAUUAAUCAUGACACAAUAAUGAUCAUUUUAACUGUAUUGCACGCAACAACAUCUAGUGUCAGCGCUGAUUUAGCACAAGAAAUUCACACCAUGUUAAACAAUGCGUCAUUGAUAACAGCUGAACAACACCGUUUAGCACAAUCUACAAAUAACCCAACACCGCCGCCACUGCAAACGGGAACUUCUUCGUCAGCUCUCACACAGCAAACACAACCGUCAAGUGGUAUGAUGCCUGCAAUAUCACGAAUGAACAAUGGCACUCCGACAGGAAUAAAAGAUCAAGAAAAUCAGCCAUCGUCUAUGUAUCAGAAUGUUACAAAUCCAUUAUUUAAUCCAUCUUCACAGACAAAUUAUCCACCCAUAUCUUUGAGUCCGUCGAAUAUAUUUAAUAGUAAUCCGACACACCCAACGAACCAAUUAUCCGAGCCAACAAAUCAACGUCAGAUGUCAUUACCUCUAGCACAACAGCAACAACAACAGCAGAUGUUUCCUGCACAGUCCUUUAUGCAAUCACCAACAGGCUCAAAUAUAUUUCCUCGUACAUCAAUGAACAUUUCUCGAUCACAAGGCAAUUUGAAUGCCUUGACCAAUGAUCCACUGUUAAGUCAACACAUGGGAAAUACAGGUGCCAACAACAUAGCCGGUGUAUCCGCCUCUAGUCAUUUAUCAAAUUCAGAUAUUGCCGAUGUUGAUGUUUAUUUUAAACGUUUAUACAGCAAAACAAAUAAUCCACCACCAAUUACUGUUGAUGACUUUCUUGACAUAUUCACUCGUUGUCGAGAGUCGACAAUUCCAAGAGAAAAGGAUGUGUUUCACAAUGGUGUAAAAAAUUUAUUUGAUGAGUAUAAAUUUUAUCCACAAUAUCCCGAGCGAGAAUUACAUUUAACGGCUCAAUUAUUUGGUGGUUUAGUCGAACGUAAUCUGUUACCACCACAAAUUAUUACUGCCGCUUUUCGAGCUAUUAACGAAGGUUUAAAAAAACCACCAUCACAUAAUUUAUUUGUAUUUGCUGUGACAGCACUCGAACGUUGUAAAUUAAGACUUCGUGAGAAUAUUCAGUAUUGUCAAUUAUUCAAAACUGCUCAAUCCUACCGCGAUUUACCAUCGAAUCUUCGAGAUUAUAUUGAUUACGGUGCAUUAGGUGAAUAUCCGCCUAAUCAACUAAAUAACAAUCAAUUAAUCAGUUUACAACAACAACAAACACGAACACUAACACCAACUCCACAACAGUCAACAUUAUUGUCUAGUAGUAACCAACAAUCAUUAUCACCAUUGCCAAAUGUACAAAGUACCUUUCCAAAAAUAAAUGCAACACAAAUACCGAACCAACUUCCACCAUAUUCUACGACGAGAGCUAAUACAACGACAGGCGUAAUACCAUCUGUAGCUCAAAGUGCAAAUAUUAGUUCAUUAUUAAAAGCACCAAGUUAUGAAAAAGUUCGUGUCCCACCACCACCCGAAAGCAUUCAAGAUAAAGUCUCAUUUACAUUUAACAAUUUAUCAUUUGCAAAUCUUAGUCAAAAAGCUGAUGAAUUAAAAGAAUCGAUGCAAGAUGAUAAAUAUUGGCAAUGGGUAGCACAAUAUUUAGUGAUGAAACGUGUUUCAAUUGAACCUAAUUUUCAUACACUCUAUGCCGGUUUUGUAUCAACAUUAAAUGUUCAUAUAUUAUUCGAUACUGUGUUGGGUGAAACACAUCGAAAUAUAAAAAUAUUAUUAUUGGGUGAUAAACAAAUGAAUAAUAUACCAGAUCGUGCAUUACUCAAAAAUCUUGGCCAUUGGCUUGGAAUAAUAACAAUUGGAAAAAAUAAACCCAUAUUAGCUAUUGAUUUAGAUCUUAAAUCAUUAACAAUUGAAGCCUAUCAUACAGGCUCACAAGAAUUACUUUAUGUUGUGCCAUUUAUUGCAAAAAUAUUAGAAUCCUGUACUCGUAGCAAAAUAUUUCAACCACCAAACCCGUGGUUAAUGGGUAUUAUGUCUGUUUUGGCUGAAAUGCAUCAAUCACCUGAAUUCAAAUUAAAUAUGAAGUUUGAAAUAGAAGUGUUAUGUAGACAGUUACAAAUACAAUUGAACGAUCUACCUAUUCCUCACAUAUUACAAAAUAAAGAAUAUUUUGAAAAACUCGAUAAACAAUUAUCUCGUCCUGCACAAUUAUCAACAUCACAUAUUUCAUUAGGUAUGUUACAUUUUUCUGCUUUACAACAACAAGAUCAAACAGUAAAUAGUCUCAUAUCUUCUGUUCAAGGACAACAACAACACGAUCAACAACAACGUCAACAAGGACAAUCAUUGGCAUUAAAUGAUCCUGCUAUUAUUCAACAAUCUCCAUCCUAUCACCCACCUUCAAAUGCUUUACAGUCAGCAUCUACCACAACCUCUUCGACCAGUAUACCCAAUGCAAUCUUGACAGUGCCAUCGUCAAACGUGAAUGGUGCAACUGCGUCAACAAAUAAUGCUACUGUACCAGUACCCUCACAACCCCAAUAUAAAUUAUCCGAUUUUAAAUCAUCUAUAUUUCAAAGUUUAUCGACGAUGUUAGAAAUUAAUCCAAAUUUAUUGUUAUUUCAACAUCAUCCACGUUUAAAAACUUAUAUUCAUUCACCAAUUGAACAAGCUAUUAAUGAAUCAUUAACAACUGUACAACGUUCAUUAAAAGUAGCUACGAGUGCAGCUGAAACAAUUGCACGAAAAGAUUUCAUGUUUAAUCCCGAUGAACAACAAUUGCGUACAUCAGCUCGUAAUAUGGUUGCAUAUUUGAGUAGUGGUCUAGUACUAAUUACAGCACGUCCAGCAUUACAAGAACAAAUACAAACAUAUAUUCGGAAUCAUUUGCAAACUGUACUAGGUGUUACACAGAAUUCAAACGAAACAAAUACAAAUUCAAACGCAGCAUCAUCAACAACUUCCGGAAAUUCAGAUUUAAAUGCAAAAACGCGUGAAAUGAUCAAUCAAGCUGCUAAUGAAAUAGCACAAUCAAAUAUUGAAUUAUGUUGUUGUCUAUUACAACGAAUAACAAUUAGUCGUGCUAUACAACAUAUCGAUACACGUUUGUUAUCGGAUAUUGAACAAAGACAACGUUCACGUUUAGAACAAAAGCAGUGGAAUGUUGAUCCAUAUAAUUAUAAUUUUCAAUCAGAAAAAUUACCAGAACAAAUACGUUUAAAAUAUGGACCAUUGAAUUCACAUCAGUUAGCCAUUUAUGAAGAUUUUGUACAUUAUAUACCCGGUUUCAAACCGUCAGAUAACGAAAAGCGAGAAUCUCUACAAAUGGAAGACAAUAGUCCAUCCUUAUGGGAUCGUUUAAUCAGCGAUAUUGAGCAAGUUAUUCAAUCACAAGUCAAUCUUACAUACAAUGCGCCACUACAACGUCUGAUUGAUUCACUGACUAUAUUGCGCACAAAUUUACAAACUUUACCAUCGGCGGCUCAAUCUGCUCUGGCCACUGUUUUGAAUACAAUCGUCUAUAAUUUAUUAGAAUAUUAUACUCAACAAGCACAGUCUCAAGAUAGCGAAGGUGCAACUCGUUUUCGUGAUGUCCAUAUGGCCGUAUUAAAAUUGUUAAUUGAUAUAAGAUUACAAAUAACUGUGAUAACAAAACAAUUGACAAAAUGUUGGCUUGAUUGUCCAAACGAACUUAAAUUCAAUGUUCACGCUGUAAAUACAUUAAUCCGAAAUCGAUUAUUAGAUUGUAGACAAGUUGAUGCACAUAUUUCACAAUUGAUCGAUAGUGGCAAUAAUCCAGCAUUGCAUUUUGCUGUACAUUUCAUUCGCUCAUGUCUUAUUGAGCAACCAGCAUGUUCCGACAGUGAUAUUUCCUCUAUUAUUGAAUCAUUACAUCGUAUAUCAUUAAUUGGAAAACAACCAGCCGAAGCCGUUCGCGAUUUACUUGAAAUAAUAAGACUGAAUUAUGCAUCAUCAUCUGCGUCAUCAACUGAUAGCUCGACAUCUGCUUCGUCAACGACGACGACAACGACAAAUUCAUCAUCAACCACCACAACAAAUGCAAAUACGGCUACAACACCAACAGCAAACGAGACAAACACAACAACCCCGGUGAAUAAAAUUGAUCGUCUUGUUAUUAUUUCAUUAUCGGUUAUCAAUAGUGGUUCAAAAUAUCUCAACAAUGAUGAAAUCGAAACGACAACAAUUGCCGCUAAAGCCAAACUUAUUCUUAGUGAAUGGGUUAAUAUAACAAUUACACAGGCAAAUCGAAUAGCUCAACAACAAGCGUUUCAGAAUGUUUUUAAUCAAAUGAAUAUUCAAGGCAUAUUUCGUUCUGAUGAUACAAUAGCAAAAUUUUUACGUAUGACGAUUCAAUUGUGUGUUAAUAGUGUUUACGAUAUUAUACGUAGUACACCAGCCAAUCAACCACCACAUUAUAUACGUUGUCAUCAAGGAAUAGAGAGUUUAUGUCGUUUUUUAUCAUUGUUAACAACCCAUACGUCAGAUUUAUCCAAUUUUGCUGCUAGAAUACAUUUAAUUAAUAGAAUAUUAGGAAUAUUAGCGGCACUCUGUCAGGUUGAUCAUGAUGAUCAACAAAGUGAUCAAUUUCAUCCUAUUGCUUAUCAACGUAUUAUAUUAAAUUUAUUUCAAGAAUCAACAGCAUCUGAAAAUACAAAUGAUCAUGUCAUGUAUUACAUUUAUCUGGCAUUCACGAAUGUUUUGCAUCUGUUACGACCACAACGUGUAACUGGUUUUUCCUUUGCUUGGUUAGAAAUCGUUGCACAUAGAGCAUUUAUGUCGAAAUUAUUGGCACCCAAUUCAAAAUAUAUUCGUCAGACACAAAAUAUGUAUGCAUUGUUAUUGGUUGAUGCUUUACGAUUAGUUGCACCAUUCAUUCGUAGCGGAGAACAUACACAAAGUUUUCAAGUCUAUUUUAAAGGUGUAUUGAAAACAUUCAUGUUAUUACUACACGAUUUUCCAGAAUUUUUAUGUGAAUAUUAUUAUCAUUUUUGUGAUGCAUUACCAUUAGUUGCACAUCAAUUACGUAACAUUGUAUUAUCAGCUUUUCCAAAACAAAUGCGUUGUCCCGAUCCAUUUUUAGUUAAUUUUAAAGUAGAUAUGUUAAAUGACAUUAGUUAUAGUCCAUUUAUAGCAUACAACUAUUCGAACAAUAUACAACCUCCAAAAUUUAAAGCGAAUCUCGAUUCUUAUCUUCGUACUCGUGCUCCCGUGACAUUUUUAUCUGAAUUACGUUCAUGUUUACAACAAGGAGCUGAUCCCGGUAGUCAUUAUAAUAUUCGUAUGAUCAAUGCUCUUGUGUUAUAUGUUGCAUCACAAGCUAUUACGGCUAUACAACAGAAAGGCUCACAAGUAUUAGUCGGUUCUAUAACACAUUCGGCGCCAAUGGAUAUCUUUCAAAAUUUAGCUGUUGAUCUUGAUACAGAAGGGCGCUAUAUAUUUCUCAAUGCCAUGGCCAAUCAUUUGAGAUUUCCCAAUACUCAUACACAUUAUUUUAGUUAUACACUUUUGUAUUUAUUUGCUGAAGCUAAUUCAGAAUCAUUGCAAGAACAAAUUGUUCGUGUUUUACUUGAACGUUUGGUUGCUAAUCGUCCACAUCCAUGGGGUUUAUUAAUAACAUUUCUUGAGCUUGUACGAAAUCCACAUCUUAAAUUAUGGUCACGCGAAUUUAUGAAUAUUUCUCCAGAUGUCAAGAGGUUAUUGCAUACAUUGACUCGUGGUUUUCCACAAUUUCAAACAACAAAAACGCAUAAUCAGCGCAAAUUGAUCAAAUGUAAUUUUUAUCGUCUCAUCUUAAAAUCACACUAUCGUUUAUGUUCAACGAAAUCAACAUCAACAAUUCAAUGGCCGUCGACAAAUGUUCGUCGAACAUUUGUCGAUUAUUUUGUCAACGAACAUCAGCAUACUUAUAUACCAUCAUCAUCCGUAAUCCCCCCUAAAGAUUCUGGAACAUACUUUGUUAAUAGUGGAAUGAAUCAAUUUAAAAAUUUAUUUUUACAAAAACAGAGACCAGAAGAUUAUAUUUAUAAACGUGUUGUAAAUUAUCAAAAAUGUAUACGUGUUGGUGGAAAACAUAAUGAUUUAGAUGAUGUUGGAAAGGAUACUUACCAUCAUACAUUCUUUGAAAUGUUAGGAAAUUGGUCGUUUGGUGGUGAUUAUUUUAAAGAGGACGCCUGUCAUAUGGCAUUAGAUUUAUUAACACGUGUUUAUGGUUUGAAGAAAGAACGAUUAUUUAUAACAUAUUUUCAAGGCAAUGAACAAAUGAAUAUACCAGAAGAUAGUGAAACACGUGACAUUUGGUUAAAACUCGGUAUACUUAAACACAAUAUACGACCAUUUGGUAUGAAAGAAAAUUUUUGGGAAAUGGGUGAAACUGGUCCAUGUGGACCAUGUACAGAAAUUCAUUAUGAUCAUUUGGGUUUGAAUGAUCCGAGUUUGGUUAAUAGAGAUGAUCCAAAUGUUGUUGAAUUAUGGAAUCUUGUUUUUAUGCAGUAUGAACGUCGAACAGAUAAGUCUCUUUGUCCAUUACCUCAAUAUCACGUUGAUACGGGUUGCGGACUUGAACGUUUAACAGCCGUAUUAAAUGGAAAAAUAUCAAAUUAUGAUACCGAUUUAUUUCAACCAUUAUUUGAUAGUAUUCAUUCGUUUUGUUCUUCAUCAUUUCCAUCGUAUGAUUUAUGUGAUCAACAACAUCAAUUUGCCUAUCGUUUACUUGCCGAUCAUGUUCGUAUGUGUACAAUAUCGAUGAAUGAUGGUUUACUUCCAGAAAAAACACAUAGUGCAGGAAAAUUAAGAAAAAUGUUAGAACGUGCUUGUCGUAUAUCAUAUGAAAUAUUUCAUGCUAAACCUGGUCUAUUAUCCUAUCUAGUGCCAAUUGUUGUACAAAUAUUAAAUGACGCCUAUCCAGAAUUAAAUAAAAAUAUGAAUCGUAUUGUAGAAAUACUCAAAGAUUUUGAAUUAAAUUAUUAUAUGAAAUAUGAAAGAGCAAAACCAUUUUUAAUUAAUUAUAUUGAAAAUUUGAAAAAUCAACAAACAGAUACUACUGAAAUCAAACUAAGUGGUAUCGAUAUCUGGCGUUUAUAUUCUGGUUAUCAAAGUCAUAUUAAUGUUCCAGUAGAAAUGAUUGAUGAAUAUACAAAAACGUUGCCAAAUGUAACUGUUGAUUGGUUGGCUUAUGAACAGUUUAUGAAUGAACGAGAAAAACAAAUAAAAUUGGGUACUGUUUAUGGUAAAUCGAUGAAGAAUAAAGAUGAUAAAACAAUUAUCUAUGAUAAAGAUAAAUUAUCUGAUAUUUUAAAACAAUUAAACUUUCCAUCGACAAUUGAUCGUUAUAAAUAUGAUAAUGUAACAUUUAAUAAUCAAUCAUUAUGUGUUAAAGAUAUUAAUUCUACUAUUCAAACCAUUAUUGAUAAUGAUAUGAAAAUUAUUGAUAAUACAAUUUUAAUAGAUGAAAAUUCAUUCUAUUACAUUUUACUUGAUCGUACAAAUUUCUAUUCAACAAGUGGUGGUCAACCAUCGGAUCAUGGUCAUAUUGAAUUUCAUUUAAAUAAUGAUAAUAGUUCAACAUCUAUUUUAUUUAAUGUUCUUCAUGUUUUACGUAUAAACAAUUAUUUGUUACAUUAUGGACAUUUUGAUAAAUUUAAUGAUAAUAACUUAAAUAUGAAUAGAAUCAAAAAUGUUUCUUGUCAUAUUGAUUCUCGUAGAAGAUUCUUAUUAACACGUAAUCAUACAACGUUACAUUUAGUUAAUAAAUUAUUACGUCAAAUAUUAAAUGAUAAUAAUUUAAAACAAUUGAGUAGUUUGGUAAAUGAACGUGGAUUUAUUUUUGAAUAUAGUUCUGUUAUGUUAUUAGAAUCAACAACAACAACAACAAAUAUAUAUAAAAUAUUAGAAGAAAAACUUAAUGAAAUUAUUAAACAAAAUAUAUCAAUAAAAGUGAAUGAAAUUGAUUUUGAACAUAUUCAACAUGAUAAAACUAUUAUUAAAUUAGAUAAUGAAAGUUAUCCAAAAUAUGUUCGAUGUAUUGAAAUUGGUAAUAAUGAUAAUAAUGAAAUAUUUCAUUCAAAAGAACUUUGCUGUGGUACACAUUUAAUAUCAACAAAAUAUAUUGAUGAUUUUUUAGUUAUCCGAUGUGAUGAUAAAGGAAAUAGUAUUAAACGUUUAUAUUGUUUAACGGGUGAUAUAGCACAUCAAACACGUGAAUCUUAUUAUAAUGAUAUUUUACAAAAAUUAACAGAAUAUCGACAACAACGAAAUCGAUUAUCAAUUGAUCAAUUAUAUUCUAUUGGUAAUAAGUUAAAAAUAGCCUAUUUUGAUGAUAAAAUGAAAAUACCGUAUACGGAAUUUGAUAUAUGUUGGAAACGUUUUCAACAAGUUAUGCCAACACAAAAAAAAUUAAAAUAUUAUUUAGUAAAAUUAUUUAAAAAAACAUUAAAAGAAAAACAAAAUGAUUUCAUUGUUCAUAAUAUUGAUGUACCAAUGAAUGAAAUUGGUCAUGCUUUAUUAAGCAUAGUUAAUGAGCUAAAACGAUCAAUAGUCUAUUUUAAUACAAUAUCAAAACAUUUUAUUAUGAUUGUAAUCGAUAAUGAAACAAAACGAAAUGAUAUAAUUGAUUUAAUGGAUAAAAAAUUUUCCAUGAAAUUAUUAGACAUAAAUAAUAGAAGUGAUGAAACUUAUCUCAUUAAUAAAUAUAAAAAUUUAUUAAUAUUUAAAACAGAAAAUGAUAAUGAAAAUUUUAAAGAAGAAAAUCUUGUUCAAUUGACGAAUCUCAUUAAAUCUUCUCAUGAUGUUGUUAAUGAGAAUAGAAGUGUUAAUCUUUAG